AUGCAGAGGCCCCGCCCCGGUCCAGGAGAGAGUCCAGAGAAGAGAGACCGACUCGCCCCGGUCCAGGAGAGAGUCCAGAGAAGAGAGACCGACUCGCCAUGGAGCUCACUGAGCAUGCAGAGGCCCCGCCCCGGUCCAGGAGAGAGUCCGGAGAAGAGAGACCGACUCGCCAUGGAGCUCACUGAGCAUGCAGAGGCCCCGCCCCGGUCCAGGAGAGAGUCCCCGACUCGCCCCGGUCCAGGAGAGAGUCCAGAGAAGAGAGACCGACUCGCCCCGGUCCAGGAGAGAGUCCAGAGAGAGAGAGACCGACUCGCCCCGGUCCAGGAGAGAGUCCAGAGAAGAGAGACCGACUCGCCCCGGUCCAGGAGAGAGUCCAGAGAAGAGAGACCGACUCGCCCCGGUCCAAGAGAGAGUCCAGAGAAGAGAGACCGACUCGCCCCGGUCCAGGAGAGAGUCCAGAGAAGAGAGACCGACUCGCCCCGGUCCAGGAGAGAGUCCAGAGAAGAGAGACCGACUGGCCCCGGUCCAGGAGAGAGUCCAGAGAAGAGAGACCGACUCGCCCCGGUCCAGGAGAGAGUCCAGAGAAGAGAGACCGACUCGCCCCGGUCCAGGAGAGAGUCCAGAGAAGAGAGACCGACUCGCCCCAGCAGGGCUAUGAAGAUUGAAGGGGAGGGGUCCUGUCUGAUGAUGGUUGGGAUCCCAGCUGGAAAGAGCACCCCCUAUGUGCAGACCAGUCUGGGGGCUGAUGUGGAGCCACUCCACUUCUACUGCACUGAGUACAGCGGCGGCUUUGGCUCCUCAGGGUUCAAGCCUCGCUCCGGACUCCACACAGGGACGGGGUACAAGUCCAACUUCCGUCCGGCGCUGUACUACCGAGCCUGUCUGGACCGGCUCGACAACCCUACAUUCGGACUCUCCAUAUUGGGCAACUACUCCUCCGUGACUCACAAAAACUUCCUGCCGUCACGCAACCCGGACGGGACAGAACCGCUACCCAAGAACACGGAGUCCCGAGGGAGCGGCUUCACAAGAGAGCCAGGACUGACUAUCCCAGGACAGCACAAUACAGUCAGCUGGAAGGAGGACACGGGGUUUACUGAGGGAUCGAACCUGGAGCCAAUCAUCUACCACCCACCCUCCAACCACUGGGGGGAGCUGUCGUGGUUCCCCCCGUUAUCCCUCUCUCUCUCUCUCUCGCUCUCUCAGGGUGGGGAGACUCUGCCUCGGCUGGCUGAUCGUCAGGAGCGCAACACCGGCUUCACCAGGGAGGGCGUGGCUCCAGUCACAUCAUCAAACCGGAACCAGCACUCAGACCCGCCCGGCUGCUUUGUCACUGUGAGUCAGCUGAGCCACGGACCCCUCGCGCUCUCGCACCCCCCCUCGCAUCCCCAGCUGCUGGGUAGGGUCACUGUGGGGAGCAAGGAGCUGUCUGGAUACAGUGAGAACACACCUGCUCAUGUGACUCAGUCAUGUGACCCUGCAGCCUCGCAGCGUUUCCUCACUCACUACAGCAUCAAGUUCUGUGAUAAGACCCUGGUCGGUACUGACAGGGAGGGCUGGACUCGGGGAGGGAUCCAGAGGCAGAACCCCAACAGCUACACCUUCAAUAACCAGCGACAGAGGCUGGGCAGGGAGAGGCCAGCCAGAGAGAGCCUGCACACCCUGCACCCUCACCAAGCCAGGACGAUCCAGAAGUUAAGCCCCCCAUUGGAUGACCACACCCACCGGUACAGGAUCCGCCCCCUGCAGUUUGCUGUCUGAGGACCCCACUCUGACCUUUGACCUGAUGUUGACCUGAAGAGCGUUCUGAUCGUCACUCAGAGAAUCAAAAAAAAAAAAUAUAUAUAUAUUUUAAAGACUCAAAAUAAAUAAGUAAAUCAAUAAAUAAGUAGAUGCUGUGCUGCUCAGCGGUGUCACGUUCCUCAGCACUCACCUGCUCCCUCACCAGAGUC